AUGAGGGAACUCAUACUAUGGCUACUCUGGAUACACCUUGCCUGCUCUAAGAUCGCAGAAGUCAGCUCUAUCAAUGAGAUAUUGGAAUCCCAUUACACAUUGCUUUAUUUCUAUACGCCUGGUUGCGUAUACUGUAAUGGGUUCGACGCAGACUUUGUCUACUUGAAUGGAAUUUAUGACCACAAUGACGACCUCACGUUCGCAAAAAUCAAUGGGCAUAGAGAUAAACAGCUCGCGGAGCUAUUCAGAGUGACCAGCUUCCCCACUAUCAAGCUAUACGAUGCCCAUCAAAAGAAGAUUGCACACUUCCGGGAGACAAGGACGCUUCCUAAUCUUCAGAAAUUCAUAGCGGAGUUUUCCUCGGCGACACCAAACGAUGCUACUAUUGAAUUGCCAUUUGAGAUCUUGAGCUCUGCAAAUCAGCUUGACCAAUUGCUUCUCAAACAAGACAACGUUCUAAUAGCAAUUGUCUCCAAAUCGAGCCCUGAAUGGCUGAACUAUUACUACCCCAACCAUUUCUACCUGCAAGUGGCCCAACUGCAUCCCAAUAUAACCUUUACUGUCGUCUUUGCAGAUGAGACCGGUGGUGACAUAUUGGAGCGGUACCAAGUAAGCAACUUUCCGUCCUUGAUUUUGAUCUCAGAGAGCGGUCUCAAAACGUUUAAUUCGUUUUCAACUAACGCCUUAACGAACAAUAAGCUCGAAGAGGAGGACUUAAACGACUUCUUGAAAGACACUAAGGAGAGGCAAGAUUUCCAUUCUUUCAAAUCUCUCGAGGACCUCGAAGCUCACGUAUCUUCCGGGAGCUAUGAAGGUCACAAGCAGAUCAAACGAGGCAUGAAUGUGGGCAAGUUGACCCGAGAAAGUGUAGAUAUGGACCUGGAGUAUGAGGAACUUCUUCGCCACAUAGAGCUAUAA